UGUUCCGCUGCCAUGGACACUGUUAUCUCCAGGUAUUUUCUACGCGCCCACAUAAACAGAACUAUCGCUAUGCACUCCAUGUACCACUGUAUCGCCCCAAGAAUGUGCCUGGCCCAACAGGCGUUUUGGCGUAGAUUCACUUGGUUCACCCCAAAACUGCAGCCCCCCAAUUGAACUCCCCAACUCUCGAGAUGAUGAAGCCUCAGUCUUCGACGAUGGACUCACUGUCAAUAUUGCCUCACUAGAAGCCCCCCAUAUGAGGCUGCGAUGUGCAAUAAAACUUCAAGUCUCACAUACAGCCCCUUGGACAAACGGAUGCAUAAAAUAUAGUGGCUGUUAUUUGGGGACACAAGCACUAUCCAGACUCACUUCCAUACCUGCCUCACUAAGGUGCCCCCGCGGAGGACCCCCACGCAUCAUUGCGAUGUGCAACAAAACUCGUUACAUGCCUCCCUUCCAACCUCUGUACGGCUUCUGGGUCAGCGUCACCAUAUGAGCAUCUUUUCUUGCUUCAGAAGCUGCUGCAAUACCUCUGCUGCCGAAGAAUACAGUUCUGAAAGAUCAUGUCGGACAAUCGGUCUUGGAAGACUUGGAAUAUUUGUUUGAAGUCUUGCUCUUGAACUUGGCAAGGUAACUGAUUAGUUCUUAUAUUGCCCCAUCUCGAAGGCACCUUCUUAUACCUACCUAGGUCAUGUGCCCACCUGCCUCUCUGUCCCAGGUCCCAAAGGCGACCCAUACCCACACACUCCACCUCUGCACAUCUUAACACUGUAGUGGGUGACGCUGGCGCUGGCCAAAGAUCCUGGAGGGGGUGGUGGUGGUGACGCCUGCGGCUGGCAAGGAGUGUUGGGGGGGUGGAGGUGACGGUCUGAAUUAAGUACGAAAAAGUACUCUCUCUCGAGAUACAUCCAUAAGACUUCAAGUAACACAACUCCCUACGUCGAAAAAGCCAUCUCUGUAGCCGCCUGCGGUGAUCAAGAUCUGCAAGACAGAUUGUUUUCACCCGAUCCCAAAGGUUGGUAAGAGCCUAAAUCACCAGAAACUCAGUUCAUCUAGUUUUUCUACCUUGGCCGUCCGCCGCAGCCUGGGUUAGGUAUUUCUAUUGCCUUUUUUGCUCUCACUUUUUUUCUCUUUUGGAGAGAGACAGAAAGAACUGCAAUAAUGGCAUACGGUUAUUAUGGCCAACGAAAACCAAAGCGGCUCCAGGGAAGCCACCUAGCUGUUUCUACUUCUACUGCAAUGCCUCUCUCCUUUUGCCCUAGACCACAAUCUUCCAAGGGCAUCAUAGAAUUUAAAGAGAUAUAAUGAAAAUACCUCCUAGGCACGCGAUGGAGUACCUACUCAGUCUGCUUUGGCGUUCUCCACAGGGAAAGUUGACUGUUCGCAAUACCGAUGCAUCCCAUCACUUCAAAUGGAAAUAUUUGGAGCUGAUGAGAGCAUGCAAUACAAACAGUACUUGUGCACUUGCGAAUAGUACCACAUUGCGGUUUCCCUCUCAGUGGGUGUUGAUGGGGAAGCGGAAGUUGAGUGUUUGUUUUCGUCGCUCCUUCCCUCGAUCGCGCCCCUCCCAUCCAACCACCUUCACCUUCCCCCCAAACCAAAUUCUCCCCUUCUCGCGUCAGUCAACUUGCACUCCUCUCUCAUUCACCUCUUCUCCAACCCGACACCUCCCCCCCCUAACAAUCACCAACGGUCGUCCACAAUCAUAGAGGGGCGAUUGGCUAGAGGUGCCAUCUCAUCGCACGUCCAGCUCCAUUCAAACUCUCACUCUCCCACUCUCUCGCCAUCUUGCAUCAGUAAGCCUCAACCGCCAGAAUUCUCAGAGCCAUCCAUUUGCGUACAGGAAUGCAUCAUGGCGGAUCUUUAUACUGACGCCCAGUUUCAUCAAGUGCCGCCUCAGCGUCGUUCACUCAUCGAGUCUCUACGAGCAGAUUCUCCCUUUGGAACUCCCAGCAUCUCUUCGACCUUUCGAGUCCCACCCAUUGCCGAGUUCCCCAACGCAGCUGUCAAGUCCAAGACACAAGCUAUCGACAUCUUGACUGGCAGAGCUUUCACUUCCGAUGACAAGGAGAAAUCUCGCAAGAGCAAGAGCAAGUUCCGCAAGACCAUUCGUGAGAAAGCUCUGAAACUCGGCAAAUCAUUCAAAGUCAAUGCCUGGGCCAUCAGAGAGAACCCCGAGCCCGCUUUUGAAAGAAGCAAUGAUUUCAUGGUCAUCACAGACAUCCGAACUCGCCCAACUGCUUUCGCUCAAGUCAUCUUUCCCAAGCUAGACAAGGCCUCCAACAAUCAAGCUCUGUUCGCAUUAUCCACGGUUAUUCGUCGAAGAAUAUAUGGUUUUUGUUUCCCUGCUGAGGAUCGCCCUAUCUCAUUGUCUCCUUAUUUUGCAACCAAAGCUGUGUGGGAAAUGGAUCACUUUGCGCAUCCCUGGGAUGUUCUGGAAGACGUCAAGGGUGGUCUUGAGUCAUUCAGCUUGCUUCGACAGGAUCUAUACACCUACUUUUGGAGUGUAUACCACUUUCAUGUUACUAUAAAUGCUUUCAGUGGCCCAAAGCUGUCUCCUAUGUCACAUGUUUGGCUAUAUGAUCAUCUUUCCUCGAUCCAGUCUCUGACGAUUGAGGUCGAUUAUACUAGGUUUGGUGGCAGUUGUGUCAAGCAGGCCUCAGCGUUCGGUUACAACAUGGAGAAAGAGGAUAGGCUCUUGACUGGCAUCUUUGUUGGAUUGGCUAAACGAAGUGAUAAGUCUACAAUUCAGGAGUUGAACAUUCUUUGCCGACGCUUCGCUGGGUUCCAACCUUACGACGACAAGGAGUUUGUGGCAAAAUUUGGCAAAGAUCUCAGUAAGUCCAGCAGCUUGAUUUGAUGAGUAUGUGCGAUCUAACGGCCAUCCAGUUCCCUAUUGUCCAGAUUCUGUUCUCCAACUUUCUGAUGCUAUUUGCAAUCUUGCCGACAAGCUUCACAAACUCCGCAUCGCUGGGUAUCCUCUUGGUUAUUCUCGUCUUCUCCUUAAUGCUAUGUUUGCAAAGGGUUUCAAAGAGCCGAAAGUUAUUGUCCCGAAAGAAUCACCAUGGCCAGCAAAUCUGCCAACCAUCGUUCCACCCGUUCGCUAUCCUUCUACAUUCAAUAGCCCAGAGGUUCCAUCUACAGAUGUUUUACAGCCAAUGCCAGCCAUGUCCUACAAACUGAACUUGAAGCGUAGCCCAAGUUUGGUUGAGGAGUUUGAAAAUGAGCUUCAGCGAUAUGCAUCAUCUUCCUCUUCUAAUUACACAUCAGCUAAUGAAAACACGUUGGUGGAACAACUAGAAGAAAAGGUUCGAGGCGGAUUUACUUUGGCAGAUCAUACCCAAAGAUACGCAGAUCUUGUGCCUGCUUUCUCGUCAGCUGCAGGAUCUACAGAAGAUCUUUUGUCUGCUCAAGGUUCUCAAUACACACCUGCGACCCCUCGUUUCCAGACAUUUGGAGAUCAUCUAAAUGUUGAACGCAAACGUCGGACUCCCAAAGGAGUAACGUUUGAUCGCCUCGAUGCCCCUUCACCUCCAGCUCGACUUCCAACACCAAACACCAUGAACGAAAUCAAUGAGAAAGAUCCAGCAUUCCUUCGUAGUGUUAGUGCUCUUCGUGUUGGCCAUGGUGUUGUGUCUCCAGAUAUUUCUCGCACAUUUUCUGGUCGCGCGACUCCUGAAGUAAUGCUACGAUCGACAUCCGUCCAGGGCGCACGACGCACAAGUUUGGAUCAUACACAUCAUCGCUCAACUACAAGUAUGAGUAUGGCUCAAAUUCGUCAAGGCAGUGUUAGGCAGAAGGCCUCAAUGUUUUUCAACAAGAUUCGAGGUCAUUGAUUGAUAUGUUGGGCGGAACCAGUGUGUACGAUUUUCCGAGAUGGCGAUGGAUGGGAAGCACGAAAUGAUUGGUGAUUGUCAUUUUCAUCAUGUUUGAACUUUGGUAGCAGAGAUACCCCUUUCUUUUUCAUCACAAAUCGCUUCAUGUAAGACGAGGGCUGUGGAUUUGUCUUGAUAGGUAACUAUCACCUGUGAUUCCCUCCGAGGAAGAUGGGAUCGGUAGAAUGAGAGUUUUGCUAGUUUGGAACUUUGCUUUGUAGGUAGAAAUUAAUACAAUAAUUC